AUUCGUAAACUCUUACAAGUUUUUCUUGAUUAUAAUGAUAAAAGAAGUUAUUUCAUUACGUUUAUUGGUAUUUAUUUUAUUUCUUCUAAAUUAUACAGACGUUUGUUCUAGUGAAAAUGUAAAAAAAAGCGUAUACGAAAAUAGAGACGACAAUGGAGAUUCAAAUGAUGACGGUAAAGAUGAAUCAAUGGAUGUUCCUUAUGAAACCGAUCAAAACAACGCUACAUGUACCAGAAGACAAAACAGCCAAAUGCACGAGGUACGAUCAGCAUUUGCUAAGCAAUUUCCUUUUAUGGCCGCUAUAAUGUCUCAGCAGAAUGAAUACUUGUGCUCUGGAGCCAUCGUGUCUAACGGACUUGUUCUUACAUCUGCUCAGUGUAUUCAGAAGCCAAUAAAUUACAUCUUACUGAAUACAACUACAGCUAAAAGAGACAAUACAUCUGUUCUUCUGCAUAUAAUAAAAUCUGAAAAAUAUCCUACAUAUUCUGGAGCUGGAGCAGGAAAGGAUGUUGGUCUUGUAUAUACUGAGAAGCAUAAUACAUCAUUUGUUUCGAAACUUGGCCUGAGUAAUAUGACAACUGGAGAUCAACUCAUAGACGUAGAAGCUUUCGGAUUUGGUUUAAAUACUGAUUCUGGCGUUGAAAAAGAGUUACAGUUCGUUGGCUUAGAGCGGCGAUCAGCAUCUAACGAACACUAUUUUAGUGCUUAUCUUGAUUGCGUAGAAACCAAAAUACUGACCUGUUUUAAAGAUAUUGGUGGACCAGUGAUUUUUGAUCAUCAACUUGUCGGCGUGGUUGUCAAAGGUCAAAGUGACUGUACUAGAGAAAUUACAUCACGUUAUUCCAUUAACAAAUUCAUGAUUGACUUUCUACCAUCCUACGCUUUUAAAGCAUGGCUAAAUGAAAGAAUUAAAACGAACGAAGAGCAUGAAGCAGUGGCCAUGCAAAUAUAUCCUGCAAAGCCGAUUCUUCGACAGACGGCUCAUGUAUUGACCAGCACUAACAGAAAUUCGGCUCAGAGAUGGCCAUUGAAAGUUAUUCUUUUAUAUUUAGUAACUAUUAUAACUUACCUUUAA